CCUCGGGCCUGGCCGGCUUCGCGGGGCACCUGCCACAUUUCCCGGCGCUGCGCACCACCGCGAGCCCGCCUCACCGGAUCCGCAGCCUGUCUGUCUGCCUGUCUGUCCGUCCCGAAGAGCCGCGGCCACUGCGCGCAGAUGGAGCUGGACCAUAUGACCACCGGUGGCCUCCACGCCUAUCCCGCGCCCCGGGGCGGCCCGGCCGCCAAGCCCAACGUGAUCCUGCAGAUCGGUAAGUGCCGGGCCGAGAUGCUGGAGCACGUGCGGAGGACCCACCGGCACCUGCUCACCGAGGUGUCCAAGCAGGUGGAGCGGGAGCUGAAGGGGCUGCACAGGUCGGUGGGCAAGCUGGAGAACAACUUGGACGGCUACGUGCCCACCGGAGACUCCCAGCGCUGGAAGAAGUCCAUCAAGGCCUGUCUGAGCCGCUGCCAGGAGACCAUCGCCAACCUGGAGCGCUGGGUCAAGCGCGAGAUGCAUGUGUGGCGCGAAGUCUUCUACCGCCUAGAGAGGUGGGCCGACCGCCUGGAGUCCAUGGGCGGCAAGUACCCCGUGAGCAACGAUCCGAGCCGCCACACCGUCUCCGUGGGCGUGGGGGGACCCGAGAGCUACGGCCAGGAGGCUGAUGGCUACGACUACACGGUGAGCCCCUAUGCCAUCACCCCGCCACCUGCUGCUGGGGAGCUGCCAGGACAGGAGCCAGCAGAGGGCCAGCAGUACCAGCCGUGGGGAUCGGGUGAGGACGGGCAGCCAAGCCCGGGUGUGGACACACAGAUCUUUGAGGACCCCCGGGAGUUCCUGAGCCACCUGGAAGAGUACCUGCGGCAGGUGGGCGGCUCUGAAGAGUACUGGCUCUCCCAGAUUCAGAACCACAUGAAUGGGCCAGCCAAGAAGUGGUGGGAGUUCAAGCAGGGCUCUGUGAAGAACUGGGUGGAGUUCAAGAAGGAGUUUUUGCAGUACAGCGAGGGCACCCUCUCCCGAGAGGCCAUCCAGCGUGAGUUGGACCUGCCACAAAAGCACGGCGAGCCACUGGACCAGUUCCUCUGGCGCAAGAGAGACCUAUACCAGACAUUGUACGUGGACGCGGAUGAGGAGGAGAUCAUUCAGUACGUGGUGGGCACCCUGCAGCCCAAACUCAAGCGCUUCCUGCGUCACCCACUGCCCAAGACCCUGGAGCAGCUUAUUCAGAGGGGCAUGGAGGUGCAGGAUGGCCUGGAGCAGGCAUCGGAGCCAGCUAGCACCCCAAUGCCUGCUGAAGAUGAGACUGAAGCCCUCACCCCUGCCCUCACCAGUGAGUCUGUGGCCAGUGACCGGACCCAGCCUGAAUAGAGGGCAGCCUGGGACCCCAGCCUGCCUGUCACACACAGCCUGUGGCCUCUGCCAACCAGGACUCGAGCUAGGGCUGGCUCCCACAGUGGGGUGCCCUGUCUAGCUAGAGACAUACUCACCCCUGGCCUGGCUUGCAGACACCUGCCACAGACGUGCUUCAUGCCCCAAACAGCCAAGGAAUUGCCCCUCUCCUGCAGGGUGCCCACCUGCUCCCCUCCUUCAUUUGUUUUCCCUCACCCUGGCCCCACCUGGCCAGCAGCCUCACUCUCACACUCAGGCCAUCACAGAAUACUCCCAGCUUCCUUACUGGGCCCCAACACUGGGGCCGCUCGGACACUCAGGAAACUAAGUGUCUGGAAGACAGAGAACCAAACAGAAAGAAAUGUUAUCAUGUGAGGCACCUCAGAGCAGAAGACACAACAGAACCAGUGCCAAGGGAACCUCGACUUCCGGGGAUCCCGCCUGCUCCUACAGAUGCAGUGGAAUCAGCUGGCACCCUCGCAGCCUCCCAAGGCAGCUGGCAUCAUUCUCGGGCAGCACGGCUCCCUUACAGGGUUGAGCUGGAGCUGUGAAAGCAGCUGCUGCAGACCUGGCCUCCAGGCGCUCCUGGCCCGCAGAGUGCAGUGAUUCACGCGCGCUUCAUGAAGAACAGAGCUCAGCCCCAUGACUCAGCCACAGCAAGUGGAGGGUCCCAGAGGGGCAGAGUCUGCUCAGCUGGCUGAGGCAGCAGCCGCUACCUUCGGAGCCAGGAGAAUGACAUCAGGUCUCAGCUGCCCGGAAAUCUUUGCUGUCACGCCUGGUCCCUGCACCAUCCUCUCCUCUCUCAAAGCUGCCUGCCCGGGAGAAAUCCUAAGACAGCCAAGAGGCUACAGAGAGGAGAUGCCUGGCAGAGAGCAGCACCCCAGCUCAGCCAGAGAGCUGGUGGUGAAGACAGGCCAGCAUGUGAGCCAGGGUCUGCCACUGUGCCCGCCCUGUUGGCCACCAGCUGCCCCGCAGUGAGCCACGUCAGCUGGAGCAGGGUCCCCACCUCUGGCCCUCUAAGUAGGGAGCCCUGUUCGCUGUGUGGCUACCAGCACCUGCUGGAACCUGAGGAGCCUUGAGGCUGGGCGUCUUAGCUCAGCCCCUGCCCUGCCUGGUAGGCCAAACCUGGCCCCAGGAGACCCUCAGGCAUUUGCUUCUGGGCUGUUCCAGGCACUGCCUUGCCCCUGCCCUGUUGUGCCAAGCUCGAGUCGAUUGUGUUGGAAGCCACUAUGGUUGGGUUCUUCUGUCUGCCUUGCCCACUGGAUACUAGGACCAGAUCUGUUGAUAACCCAUCCAAUGGAGUCCCACUCUGUGCCCCUGCCAGCCCCCAUAGAUUUAUUUUUGCAUACAAGCCAUAGCCCAUAUCCAUUGGCUGGCACAGGCUACAGGAAGGCCCUGGGGUUGGAACAGACCCUGGGAACCUCAAGAGCGUGUUACCAAGUCACUCACCUGGCCCUGGUCAGGCCUCGAUUACCCAGUCAGGUCAUGUACCCAUGUCACCUUAACUUAUGGGCUUUUUAUAAGACUUUAUUAAUAAAACAUUGUAACUUCUU